AUGACUAACUCCUGCUGCUCUCCUUGCUGCCAGCCUUCUUGCUGCACUACUGCCUGCUGUAUGCCAGCGUGUGUGACCAGCUGCUGCUGUCCACCCUGCUGCCAACCCAACUGCUGUGAAACCACCUGUUGCAAGACCACCUGUUGUAAGCCUACCUGUGUGACCAGCUGCUGCCAGGCCUGCUACCAGCCCAGCUGUUGUAAAACCACAUGCUGCAAGACCACCUGCUGUAAGCCAACCCGUGUGACCAGCUACUGUUGUCCACCCUGCUGCCAGCCCAGCUGCUGUGAAACUACCUGCUGCAAGACCACCUGCUGUAAGCCAACCUGUGUGACCAGCUGCUGCUGCCCACCCUGCUGUCAGCCCAGCUGCUGUAAAACCAUCUGCUGCAAGACCACUAGCUGUAAGCCAACCUGUGUGACCAGCUGCUGUCCACCUUGCUGCCAGCCCAGCUGCUGUGAAACCACCUGCUGCAAGACCACCUGCUGUAAGCCAACCUGUGUGGCCAGCUGCUGCUGCCCACCCUGCUGUCAGCCCAGCUGCUGUAAAACCAUCUGCUGCAAGACCACUAGCUGUAAGCCAACCUGUGUGACCAGCUGCUGUCCACCUUGCUGCCAGCUCAGCUGCUGUGAAACCACCUGCUGCAAGACCACCUGUUGUAAGCCAACCUGUGCAACCAGCUGUUGCUGCACACCCUGCUGCCAACCCAGCUAUUGUGAAAUCUGCUACUGCUGGCCUUGCUGCUGUGAGCCCUGCUGCUGCCAGCCCUGCUGCUGUGAAACCACCUGUUGCUAG